AGUGAAUCUCUGGUGGUUUGUGAUGUUGCUGAAGACCUAGUGGAGAAACUGAGAAAAUUCCGGUUUCGUAAAGAAACCAACAAUGCUGCCAUUAUAAUGAAAAUCGACAAGGAUAAGCAGUUGGUGGUACUGGAUGAGGAGCAUGAGGGUAUUUCUCCCGAUGAGCUAAAAGAUGAGCUGCCUGAGAGACAACCUCGAUUUGUUGUGUAUAGUUACAAGUAUCAGCAUGAUGAUGGAAGAGUUUCUUAUCCAUUGUGCUUUAUCUUCUCCAGUCCAGUUGGAUGUAAGCCUGAACAGCAGAUGAUGUAUGCUGGAAGCAAGAAUAAGCUUGUACAGACAGCUGAACUCACUAAGGUAUUUGAAAUAAGAAAUACAGAAGACCUAACUGAAGAAUGGCUGCGUGAGAAACUGGGCUUCUUCCAUUAAGAAAACCUCUGUAAUAAGUAUUUAUGUACCAUCCUGAUAAUACUGGAACCAGACAUGAAUACUUACAUCUAAAAAAUGCACUGUAUUUACAUCUGUCUCCUGCAGUAUAUCUCUUGUGCAAAGAAUAGCAGGUCUGUCUCCUCGAAGUAACAAAUCUUUGCAGGUGUUUCCUUAUUUGUACCUGUUAAAAGGGAAUACUCCUCUGCAGGGACUCCUUUUGCACUCUUGUGACUAAUAUUUCUAUAACUAAAACAGUUCAGUUCUGGAUUUAUAACUAUCUGCAAACAUAAUUUGGAAGCUGACGCUAACUUUUUCUGAGCUACAAAUGCAUCCUUAUGACAUAUACUAGCCAUUUAUAUGCAGAAAUCGUGUACUGUCACUUUUCAGACUUUUUGACUUAAUGUCUUCUCAAUUUUGAAAACUACUCCCUGGAAUCAUUUAGUAUUAAAAAGACAAAAUCUUUGUACAGCAAAUCCAUCCACUUAUCUUUCCAUUGUGUCCAUGUGAACUUUCUCAAAUUCUUGGAACGGAUUUUUGUCAUUCCAGUAAUUCCUUAGAUUGAGUCAAUUUUACUAAAUUUCAGGGCAAAGCUUUGACUGUCCAGUUCUCUUGCUAAUAUAGUCUUACAGGAACUAGGUGAUAACUAAGGGCUGAAUUACAACUCUGGUUGCUCUUGUACCAGAUGUCGUGCAUAUAUAACUUACUACACUGUUAAGAAGUUUACCUCUCUCAUUUCCUAUUAUAUGAACACCUGUUAAUACUGUGUGCCUUUAUUUGUUAGCUUUAAAAUGACUUGAGAAUUUUACACUGCCACUUAUUACAAAUUUGGUUAACGCUUUGUUAAAGAAUCCAAGUAACAUUUUUUCCUAGUGCCUAGUGUUGCAGUUGACAUCUGUAAAAAAAAAAAAAGCUAACCUCAUUUUCUCAUUUUCUUCGAAAUUCCAGUCAUCUACUCCAUUUGUAGGAGUCAGGAGGUUAAAGUUUUUCAUGAUAAUGAAUGAUUUAUAUCUCUUGUUAUAAAAGUUGGCCAUACAUAGCUUUGGAGUACUUUAAUUACAGUCUCUAACUUUCUUAAUUACUUGUUGGUCAAAAUUACAUUCCAGACAAAGCUUUUGCAUAAGUGAUAAUUUAAUUUUCAUUUACUUACAGUUCAUCUCUUUGAAACAGCAAAUAUUCUAAUGUGAAAAUAGUAUUUAACUUUUAUAAAUGACCAGUCUUUUUACAGGUCUGUUUUAUAUUGAAUAGAGUAGUUGGCUGAUAUGGGACAUGUUCAGCCCAUGCAGUGGCAAAAGGAGUGCUCAUGUGACAGUAUCUCACUAUUGUGCUCAUGAGUGUUUGUUGUGUUACUGAAAGUAUCUGCGUAAGAGCAGCUUCCUGUUGAUAACAUACCUUAAAAUACAGCUGCCCUAACAAAUGUGUUUGAGAAGGCAUGCAGUGUUAAAUUUGGAGGCCAGUAUUUCAUGCUGUGAAACCUUUGCUGAAAGAAGGUGUAUUUUUCAUUUGUAAACAUAUGUUGUGUUAGUGUUAAAACACUAAUUCCUCUAAGAUCACAAGGAAUUCAUUUGCAAAGGUCCUCAGUGUUGGUAAAUCUCUUCUUAGUUUGAUGUUACUGCUCAUUUAUUUGUAUAUGAAUCUGACUUGAUGUUAGAAUGAUCCAAUUAAAUUGAUCUUUCAGUGCGGGAAAGAAAGGCUUGUAAUUAAAGUUCUGUGUUAACGUAGUGAACUGGAAAAACAAUUUAAUUUCCCUGGACAAAAAAAAUGUUCAUUAUGAAACUGUUGCUUGAUCAUUCUGUACUACAGAUCAAUAAAGACAAUAUCUUUUGUGA